ACGCGUCUUUAUCUCUUUUCCUUUCUUUUCCCACUUUUCUUAUCUCAGUUACUCGACGAAAGAGCUUUCAAUAUGACCGUCAAAGUUGGUGAUGAAAUUCCUAAUGGCGAGUUGACCUACGUUCCCUACAACGAAAAGGAAGAGCUGAACGCAUGCACGGUUCCACAGCCUUACAAGAUCCACGACAACCUCAAGAACAAGAAGGCCGUUAUCUUUGCUAUCCCAGGUGCGUUCACGCCCACCUGCACCCAGGAGCAUCUCCCCGGUUUCGUCAAGAACUACGAUGCACUCAAGGCUAGGGGUGUGGAUGAGGUCAUCUGCGUUGCUGUCAAUGAUGGAUUUGUUAUGAACGCCUUUGGAAAAGUGACAGGUGCCAACAAAAACAUCAUUUUCGCUGGUGAUGGUGCUGGUACCUUCACCGAAUCACUUGAUUUGACGCUGGACUUGUCUUCGCUUGGUAUCGGUAAGCGUUCUAAGCGCUAUGCCAUGAUUGUCGACAACCUUGUCAUCAAGUACUUGGGUGUGGAAUCUGGCGGCAACGUCGAGGAUUCUUCUGCUGAGGCAGUCUUGGCCGAACUGAAAUAGGAUAUCAUCAUCCGUGUGAAUAUACGCCUAUGCACUUGUGCUCACCGACAGCCACGACAACAACAAACAAAUAAAAAACUAGUGCUUUCUUCACAUUCUUUUCGCUUGAAUUUGUUUCGUGUAUCGAGAAAAAAAAAGUUUAGGAGAGCGACGUAGUGUAACCCAACAGCUGUUGUUGAGCCAUGUUUUUAGGCUAUUAUUAAACGUUAUUUUCAUAUGAUAGAUAUGAUUCUAAUAUUUCAUCGAGU